AUUCAAAAUGAACGUGACCGUAUUGGUAGUACAAAACGAAAUCGUAAGCGAAGUUUUCCAGCACCUCUACAGCCGACUUCAACCAGUGGCGAAGGUAACAGUGACUCAGAUGAUGGUUUACUACCAUCAGGUGGAGGUGUACGUACAGACCGACGUUGCGCAGAAGAUGGCGUAACAAGCGCAGCAACUUCUAGACGACUUGUAGAAAUGAUUGUAGAUAUUGAAAAUAGAUUACAAGGUAAUCAAAGUAUGAAUAAUAUUCUUGGAGGUGAAGGUCAAGAAAAUAAUUCUCGACAACGAAGUAUAUCUUUGAUGAUUGGUUGGGCUAACUUGUUGCAUCCUCUACCUCAGUUGCCUUUCACUGAUAAGGUGUUGUUAUUAAAACAUUGUUCACCAGCAUUUUCUUUGCUGCAUACUGUACAACGUUCAAUUACGUCAACGCAUCUAAUACUUCCGAAUGAUACUGUUCUUGCCCUUACGCCUUUUCAUUAUCCGGAUCUCUUAGCCGUUGUAGGUAGAAUUUUGGAUGAGAUUCUAACACCAAUACGUCGAAUGAACGUGGAAAAAGCAGAAAUAUCAGCAUUAAAAGCUUUAGUAUUGCUACAUCCUGACGUAAUGGGUUUAUCUAUUACUUCACGUGAAAAACUACGAGAAGCACGGGAUGGUGUUUUACGAGCUUUGUUCACAUACCUUAGUCAAGUAUUAUCACCUGGUGAUACUUCUGUAAGACUGAGCAAUUUACUUCUUCUAAUACCAUCAGUAUAUUCAGCUGCACAAACUAUUUCUCAAAAUGCUGCACUUGGCGUUAUUUUCGGUCUUACUGAUCAAUCUUCAGCAUCUACCAGUAAAAUUUCCGCGGUAAUCAAUGAUUGUAUGGAUGAACAAAAAGAUAUUAAAGAAAAUCUUAAAGAAUGCCACAAUUUUCUUUUUGCUAAGACACCGACAACUUACUUAGCUGAUCUAAUGGCGGGUCAGGUCAUUUCUGCUCACGACAAUUUGCAACAAACUACCACUAAUAUUACCAAUCCUGCUGCUCUACCAGUCAGUCAUUUCUCUGUUUUUCAUAAAUAUAUGCAAAUUUUUAAUAUUUUACACCAUAAUAUGUUUAUUUUUUAA